AUGGUCACAACGAUGAGAGCAACGUUGAUUUUUAUUUUUAUAGUUAUUGUUGCUUGUCAUAGUGUAAGUGUGGACUAUUACAUAGGAAAUAAACAAAGUCAUGAAAAUUAUAAGAGCCAUGUUAUUUACAAACAUAAUAAUUCAAAUUCAUUACAAACGUCAAAAAUUGGAGAUGGUAAUAAAGAACCUAACAUUUCUAUAGAGAACACUUAUACUACACCAGAAAUUGAAGAUAGUAAACAAGAUUAUGAAGAAUAUGAUGAACUCACCGACAUAGAAGAGCAAAUGUCACAAAAAACUCUUAAAAUAAAAAUUUCAACAGACCAAAAUGAUUUGGACUCCGAUCCAGAACAGAUCGAAAUCGGUCACGAUCCUGCUGUAUUGCGACUAGGAAAUGACCCCGAACCAGGGCUUGACACUAAAAUAAAUAAGACUAUGUAUGACAUUUUUGAAGAAUAUGGACACCAAAGUGACAGUGAAGAAUCGGGAACAGCACAUCCAGUAUUACGUGAUCAAGAUAAAACUACUGAAAAUCAGUUAAAUACGGAGUCGGAUGCUAUUCUAAUAAAAAAUGCCACUGAAGAAGAGAGUGAUACAGAAAAACUUCCAAUAGACUUUUAUAACUUAAUACCAGCGUCAAGUGUAUUAAACGACACAGAUUCAAAAUUUCGCACUUUCAAUAUUCAUGAAAACGUUUGGUACGUCCCUGAAAAUUGUCCCUGUUGGGAACUACCUAUAUUGUACGCUGAAACUGGGCAAAUUAUGUCAAAUACAGAUGUUUUUCUUAUGUAUCAAGGGAUUCUAAAGAAUGUUGAAGAAAAGUUAGAAAAGAGUAAAACGCCAUCUAAACCACUUUAUGUACCUGUGACUCAAAAUAUGAAUAAGUGGUGUGCUGUGGGUCCUUGUUACGGCGAUCACACGCUCUGUCUCUUUUCGGAAAGAAUUAAUUCCAAGUUAUGCAGAAAUGGUUAUGUAGUUUCUACUCCUACAAUGAUUGAGCAGAUAGGUUUAGUAAAUACUGUAAAUUCAAUGAGAAAUCGUGUCGCUAAUGGAGAAACAGAUCAAUAUAAACAUUUACCGAAAGCAGCUGACAUGAAUCAGAUAAUAUAUGACCUCGAUUUAGAAAGUAUGGCUGUAAAUUGGCUUCAUCAGUGCUUGCCAGGUCCUGCUGCAUGCUCUGCUCUCGAUGAAAACUACGUUACACAGCUGGAAUGCACUAAACACGCAAGGCACUGCUGUAUUGACUCAUUUAAAUCCGAAAUGGCAUCAAAGUGGUAUGCUUUAUUCGAUAUUAUAAUUUUAAUAGUUAUAUACACAAAGAACGGUGAAUUAACAUUUGAAAAUGUUUAUUACAGCAUACCUCAAUAUGAAUGUUACGUGGACGCUAUUAUUGGAUGCAUUCAUUUAUGGUUCUCAAAAGCUGGUAGCGCUCUUACAACGACAGAUGUGCAAUGCGGCCAUAUAACACCAGCUACUUAUAAUACAGCUCAGUUGUUGUGGGCACAAACAAAUAAAAUAGGCUGUGCCUAUGGGAAAAAAAUAGAUGGUGAUGUACGAGUCGUGUGUAAUUUUGCUCCUGGUGCCCCAUAUUUUAUUGACACGAAAUAUUACUGUGGUUUCAUUUCUCAACCUAAAGUUAAGGAAGAUUUUGCGAAAGAAGGCAUAAAUUUAACUUCUCCAAAUUUUUUGUCAGCGCUCGGUAUAUCGUUAAAUCCAGUGGUCAAGUGUGACUAUAAGAGACAGGAAUUUACUAGCCACCAAACUAAUUACUCAUUGAGGUUUUCUAAUAUUGAUAUCCUUGGUAAGAUUUAUAAGAGGAAAUGGAUUCGUUCGAAAUAUAACGAAACCGUGAACGACACUAUUGGUUUAGUUGCUCGUCUGGUGACGAAGUACUCGUUUGUUGGAGAUGAUAGCUCGCAAUGUGACUCGGGUGUAGCUAUCUAUGAGAGCGGGGAGCCUGGCUCUAAGUGCGUCGAGCGAGGCAGGCGCUUCCACGCUUUGUGUUAUGAUUUCCGCGAUCCUACUCCCGGAUACAGGCUAGUGGCUGUCGUGGCUCCAAUUGCAUUAUUUUCUCUUAUUCUUUAUGACUUAUUUAGUGGUGUAGUGCGUCAGACCAACUAUUAA